AUGACGAAAUUUGGUAAGGUGUAUGAGUUAAAUAACGGAAUCACCGUUACAGAAGAGCAGUUGGCUCACUGGAACGUCUUUCUCUCUAAGUUAUCAAGCCCCCAAGAAAUUUUGAGAUGGGCGGUCACAACUUUCCCCCAUCUAUACCAAACCACUGCAUUUGGUCUUACAGGACUCGCAACAAUCGAUAUGAUCUCGAAAUUGUCAGGUGAACUGAACGAAACCAAGAUGAUUCCGCUAAUUUUUAUAGAUACACUGCAUCACUUUCCUCAAACUUUAGAACUGCUGUCAAGUGUCGAGGACAAAUACUACAAGCCACAUGGCCAGUCUGUGUCUGUUUUCAAGCCUGAAGGUUGUUCCUCCGAGAGGGAGUUUUCCGACAAGAAUGGUGACUUCCUCUGGGAGAAAGACGAGGAAAAGUACGAUUUCCUCGUGAAAGUGGAGCCUGCACACAGGGCAUAUGUUACCCUUCGAUGCACUGCCGUGCUCACUGGACGCAGAAAAUCUCAGGGUGCCGCACGUUCCAAUCUAAGUUUUGUUGAGGUUGACGAUCUGAACCAUAUCAUCAAAAUAAACCCAUUGGCUAACUGGGACUUCAAUCAGGUCAAAAGUUACAUUGACGAGUACGACGUUCCGUACAAUGAACUUCUCAAUCAUGGUUAUAGGUCGGUGGGAGACUACCACUCAACGCAACCUGUGAAGGAAGGUGAAGAUGAGAGAUCUGGCAGGUGGAAAGGAAAGGCAAAGACUGAAUGCGGCAUCCACGAAUCGAGCAAGUUUGCCGAAUAUCUCAAAAAUACUGCGUCCACUCCAAAGUGA